AUGUUUGACCAAGACAAAGAUACCGGCGGCCUCCAAGGUAAAGUAAUACUCAUUACAGGAGGGACAUCCGGACUUGGUGCGCAAUGUGUCUUGCGUUUGGCACUGAACAAUGCCAGCCACAUCUACUUCACGGGACGAAACACUAAGAAGGGCUCGGCCAUCAUCAAGGAGACCCAUGAUGCGGGCUGCACGACACCGUUGACAUUUGUGGAGUGCGACCUGACUAAACUGGCAUCCGUUAAAGCAGCUGCCGACAAGAUCCUCUCGGAACAACAUCGGCUUGAUCUGCUGAUGGCCAACGCUGGCGUUAUGAACCAGCCACCAGGGUUGACGGCCGACGGCUACGAGGUCCAAUUCGGCACUAAUUUUCUGAGUCAUGCGUUACUUAUACAGAAAUUUCUCCCGCUGAUGGAUAAGACAGCUGAGCUCCCCGGCAGUGAUGUGCGAAUAGUUCAGCUGACGAGUACAGGCUUUAGGGGAGCGCCAUCGGGUGGUAUCCGUUUCGAUGAUCUGAAGACUGUUCAGAACUUCAGGGUCCUUGGGGGUAUGAUGCGCUAUGGCCAAAGCAAAUUGGCUGCAGUGCUGUAUGCCCAGGAAUUAGCUCGCCGACACCCGAACAUCAUCUCUGUCAGCGUGACACCGGGGAUAGUCAGUACAGAAUUGGUAUCAAAACAGAAUGCUUUUCAUCGAUCUACCAUUUGGCUUUCGGCGAAGAUUACACAAGGUAGAAUCUAUUCACCGAAGGAGGCACCUGCAAGCCAGCUUUGGUGCGCGGUUGGUCCUAGAAACGAGAUCAAGCAGGGCGCCUUCUAUGAACCUGUUGGUAUACUUUCCAAAAUCACCACUAAAUACACUCAGGAUGAGGAUUUGGCGUGGAGGUUGUGGGACUGGACUCAAUCUGAGUUGAAGCAGUGGCUUGAUUGA